GCGCGAAUUGCUCUGAGCGCGGCACCUGGAAGGAUUCAAGAGGCGUCUUUGACAUUUUGAAACACUGUUAUAGUUGUUCUGUUUACAUCAAGAUGUCUAGCAAAGCAAAUCCUUCUAAGAAAAGGUCUCAACAUUUAAAAAGAAAUCCGAAAAGAAAAAUUGAUAAUGAAGAAGCGGAGUUAUCAGAGAAAGAGGUUAGAAACACAGCGAAAAAAAAUAAAAGUCAUCCAAAACAUCUGUCUUCUGAAGGACAAGCAAAGCAUACUAAUCUAAAACAGGUAAAGAUCGCAACCCACAAGAGAAAAACCUGGCAACCUCUUUCGAAGAGUAGCAGAGAACAUUUGCAAACUAUGAUGGAAUCAGUAAUAAUAGCAAUUUUGAGUAACAGUGUUAGAGAAAAUGAAAAAAUUCAAUAUCAUCUGAACUUCCUAAAGAAAAGAUUGCUGCAGCUGUGUGAAACCCUGAAAGUCCCUCCCAAAAAGCAGCAAGAUUUAACUCAUGUGUCAAGUCUACUGAAAAUGGAAAGGGCACAGCACAGAGCUAAUGAAGAGGGUCUGGCAUUAUUGCAGGAAGAAACAGAUAAAAUAGUGGAGACCAUAGAGUCAAUGACUGGGGAUAUUCACAGCUUAAAGAACAAAGUUCAUGUUCUGAGAAGUGAGGUAGAAGAAGAGGAAAGGAAGGUAAAACAGAUGUUUCAAAUAGAUAGUGAGGUACUCUCUCUUCCCGAACUUUCUCAGAAGAGUCUCAAAGCACCCAUACUUCAGAAAGAAAUUUUGAUGCUAAUUCCAAACCAGAACGCUCUUCUGAAAGACUUAGAUGUUCUCCAUAAUUCACCCCAGAUGAAGAACAUGUUAACUUUCAUUGAAGAAGUCUAUAAAAGACUGGAUGCCUCUUAAAGAGUUUAUUGUUUUGUUUUGUUUGUAGAUUGUUCCAUAUGAGUUUAAUGUUUAUGAAUUUGUAGAAAUGUUAUUCUACGUGAUAUUGCCGGGGCUGAGGCUUCUUCAGGAUUCUCCUAAUACGCACUUUAAAAUUAACCUCUAUAAAUCUACCAUUAACCUCUAUACAUCUAACGUAGGCCUUGAAAACUGUUUUUAUCAAUUCCCACCUCUAGGAACUCCCAUUUAUGUUGCUGUAUUUCCAGUUAUUUGCCUAAAACCGUAAAAUGAGAACAGCCACAAUCUGAUGGUUUAUAAUGGCUGAAUAGAGUUCAUUUAUUGGUUAGUGCAGAGGAAAUAUGAUACUGUGACUUAACAUACGUAAAGUGUUUAUAGUGCCUAGCACAUAAAAAUGUAAGUGUUUGGUAUCGAUAUUGUUUUUUGCUGAUGACUUGCAUUUUCUGUCCAGUCAUGUGGAACUCUAGAAGUCCCCAAAUGCCUUUGCUCUUUUACAUAACUCCCUAGACUUUUUGUGGCAUAAUUAAGAUUUGCUAGGUGUCUUUAACUUUAGAGGUAGCAUGAACAUUUUAUUUCUUUGGUUAGGUUAGUGAAUAGAUGUUGAAUAUUUGUUUUCUACUCUCAUCAGAGCAUACCUUUAUUUCAUAAAAUUGUUAAAAACGAACCCAAGUUCAUUUAUUCCCUUAAA